UGAAAGAGUUUAAAUUUUAAAAACAUUUAAAUUACACAUACAUAAAUGUCAUUGCUUUUUGUUGCAGCAUUUCUGGGCGUUAUUGCAUUCUCUAGUUCGUUGUGCUUUUUACUAUUUCCUAAAUGUGAAAUAAACCUCUUUCUAAAUGAAGCCUAUUCGACUUCUAACAUUUGAUGUCACUGGUACAUUACUUUGGGUAAAACACACUGUAGGGCAACAAUAUGCUUUAGUUUUGCAAAAAAACUUUGAAAAAAAAUAUGACCCAUGUGAAAUGCAAAAAUCUUUUGAAAAUUCGUACAAAAGCCACCUAAAAUUAAGCCCAAUGUUUGGCCAAAAUGACGGCCUUUCUUCUAAACAGUGGUGGAGUUCGGUAUUUCUUGAAGCUGUCCUAAACUCCAGUGCAAAAGGCCUAUGCAAAAAUUCUGUCCUGCCAAUACAAUGCAACAGUGGUGCUAAGCUGUGGGCGCUAUCCAAUACCUCAGAAAAUGAAGCUAUUUCUUUGAGAAAAGUAGUUGAUGAUAUAUAUUGGAAUUUUAUGUGGGAGCCAAGAGAAUCUGCCAUAGAAGUUCUAAAUGAAGUUAACAGAUUAAAGAAUGAGCUUGAUUUGACUGUUGGUGUCAUUUCUAACAAUGAUGAAAGAAUAGAACAUGUUUUAAAGUCGUCAGGGAUUCCUAUGCAUUUUGAUUUCAUAAUCUCUUCCCAUAAUUUUACCUUUGAGAAACCAGAUCCCAGGAUAUUCCAUGCAGCAAUUAAAAAGGCAGGUAACGUCCGAACCAAAAAGCUUAAACCAUCUGAAAUGCUACAUGUUGGAGAUAGUUAUGAAAAAGAUUACUGCGGUGCUUUAAGUUCUGGGUGCAAAGCAUUACUAAUUGACCCUUUAGGUCUACAGCGUAACAUUGUACACCCAAAUCAUUGUAUCUCAGAUUUAAAAGAAGUUUUAAAGCAUAUUGCAUAGGAAAAUUAUCAAUUUUUAAAUUUUUUG